UAUCCAAACAUGAUGGAGAGCCCGGAGCUCCGGUGGGGAUUCAUCCGCAAGGUUUACCUCAUCGUCGCCAUGCAAAUCCUCAUCACCAUCAUCAUCGCCGCGGUCAUGAACAUAGUUCCUUCGAUCCAUGUCUUUUUCGUCAGCCGCACCUCGAACUCGAUCAUCCUCGCGUUCGUCAUCAUGAUUUUACCUCUGUUAGUGAUGAUACCGAUGGUGUUCUUGAGCAAUCGCCACCCGGUAAACAUGAUUUUGCUGGUGCUGUUUACGAUAUGUAUGGGGAUGUCUAUCGGAUUGGCGUGCUCCGGCCGUCAAGGCAACGUGGUGUUAGAAGCUGCAGCAUUAACGGCCAUAGUUUUCAUGGGCCUCACUCUCUACACCUUUUGGGCCGCCAAAAGAGGCCAUGAUUUCAGCUUCCUCGGCCCAUUUCUCUUUGCAGCUCUUCUCUGCCUCACCAUUUUCUCUCUUAUUCAGAUAUUUUUUCCCUUGGGAAAGACGACGACAAUGGUAUUUGGGUGCAUAUCGGCAAUCAUCUUCUCCGGCUUCAUUGUCUAUGACACCGACAACCUCAUCAAGCGCCAUAGCUACGAUGAGUACGUCCCGGCCGCUAUCUCUUUAUAUCUCGAUAUCAUCAAUUUGUUCUUAGCCUUGCUCAGCAUAAUGGAAGAGUGA